ACUUGAACUGAUUGGUAAUCGACCGACAAGUUUUGCAGAUUCAAGGCGACACGAAGAUGACGAGUUUGCGUGUUUCAGGAUCCUCGCGACGUCUGUUUGUUGGUGCUCUUUUGGUUGGCGUUUUGGCACUGCUGAUUUGUGAGAAUGCGUCCGAAGCUGAUGAAGUACCAGCGUUCUUCUUGAAAAUCGCGAAGAAUAUUCCACGCGUGGGACGUAGCGAGGGAAACAAUGAUUUCCUCAAAUCACGAAGAAACAUUCCUAAGGUUUCGGCUCACGGCAAUGCACAAACUGAAUCUUGGCCAUCGUACGCUAGCGACGAACCAUUCUCAAGACCCAUAAAAAGACGCGUGAUACCGGUUGAUGAUGUAUGGGCCUGGCAACACUUCCCUCUAGCGAUAGAAGGCCCUCGAGAACUUUGGCAAACUUUGGCUGGCUACUCCAAGGACACGUCGGACGACGUCGACAACGAAAUAUGGACACGGAAGAAGAGAACCGGCGACGAGCCUGUGGCUUCGGAGGAGAAUUAGCAUAAGCGGAGCUACGUGACGACGUUACGGUGCCCAUGGUUGAAUAUACUUAAUGGCUGUUGUCGGUGUAAGGUGUUGGGUAAAAUAUUGAGAACAAUAAACAUGUAAAUAGGAGAUGUAACACUUUCUCUGGAGAGCGUAUUCUCUUCCCUAUUUAAAAUUAAAUCUUUAUCUUGGAA